AUGGAGCGAUCGAGCCCAAUUUUACAUGCCGUCACCGUAGCUCAAACUGCGGAGGUCAACGAGUAUACACGAAUUGUUCGGCUUGACUUUGACGCGAUUGCAAAGGGUGCAAAUUUUCUACCGGGUCAAUGGCUUAAUCUUCAUCUGAAAAACUCGGGGCUUUCAUGUCGGUGUAGUAUCAUAUCAGCACCAAGCGCGGCAUUGGCAGCUGAAGAUAUCACGCUGGGGUCUAAGCCGCACAUUGAAGUCAUCAUUCAAAAUGCACCUACCCCACUGAUACAGUCAUCGCAGGCAGGAAUUUUCCUGCCUGUCGGCACGCAGCUAAAUAUCUCUUUCGGUGGAAGCUUUGUAUGGCCACCAAAUAGUGUAGGCACCGCCUCCAUAACCAGAGUUGUGUUCCUUGCUGGAGGUGUCGUCCACUCAUAUCUAUCUUAUCACACAUGCUUGAGACAAAUACAGCACCAGAAGAGAUCCACUUUUUGUAUGCCUCCAGUGUCAAAGGGUACUACGAUAUCUCACAUGUUCUUGGACUUGAGCAGCUAUUGAGUAUCAGCAAGGCACACAAGGGGAGAUUCUAUCUUUACCUUUUCUUUGGUUCCUAUGUCAGUAGAACGUUGAUGGAGGCUGCGGUUCCGCGGCAAAGUUUCGAACCACGAGUUAUCAU